GAGCUCCUGCAAUACCUGCCUCAUCAGCUGCUAGCAGAGCAGGAGAUCUCGCCGCGGCCCGCAGCUUGCGAAUUAAAGAACUGCGAAUGAGCACAAUCUUGUGGGACGUCUUCAAGCACUUUCUCGUCGUGGCGGUGGUUUUCUACCUGGCCUUCAGCAGUAUGGACACCCAGGGGUACUACAUGGAAAAAUCGCUCAAAUCUCGGUUUCCCACAUUCCAAAAGAUUAACACUCUUGACAAAGUCUGGACCUGGUCCUACAAUGAACUGCAGAAGGUUCUAUUUGGCCACCCUGGCAGCAAGCUACUCGAUGACCAGUCAUACAGAGUCGGGGCGGCCGCAUUCAAACAGUUUCGAAGCCAAAAAGGACACUGCCGAACUGACGUAGCUACCUUUCCCCACUGCAAGAUAGACUUCUCCUUGAAAAAGUAUGAAAGUGCGAAGUUUGGCGUUGGAUGGCGGGCACUAUCUGACAGUCGUAUCAAUGUAACCGAUCUAACUAUCAAAGAUGCCAAUACAACCGAUGUACCCGAUACCAAUAUCAAUGCAACCUUUGUAAAUGAUACCAAUAUCAAUGCAACCGAUUCAAGGGAGACCAAUAUGACCGCAAGCGUUGAAAUAGAUAAUGAUAUCAAUUCAACCGAAAGAGAAAGAAACCGACGACAGCGAGAUGUUUCAGAUGACUGGGACAUCGGCCAUGGAUCAGUCGAAAAGGAUGACCCAAGCGUCGCGCGUUCCAUGGCGUCAGCAUGGGUCUACACAUCGGGGUCGUCUCUCCCCUACAGCGGGCAAGUGGACACGUACACCGACGGAGCCUACAUGUUCGGAGUCGGCAACGACCCCCGGCAGUCCGUCCUCGCUAUGAGACAUCUACAGGAGAAUGGGUGGCUGGAUGACUUCACUGAAGCUGUUUUGGUCGAGAUAAACGCGUACAAUGCCAACACCAACCUUUUUGCCGUGAUCACUCUUCUGGUAGAGUUUGUAGCAGGUCGUGGGGCGAAAACAAGCCAAGGCAUUCACAUGUUCAAGUUGUAUUCUUAUGUAGGGACGUCCGGGCAACUCAACAUAGCAUUUCAGAGAGGGUAA